AUGACACUCCGAAGUUGUAUUGAUGAUCUAUUUCACAAGCAGUACGUUUGUUGGGUGUGUUUAGAUACGGAGUGUGAGAACGACGACUGGAUCGUACACCAAUGCGGUUGUAACUUACAGGUACACAGAAAAUGUCUAAUAGGAUGGAUAUUCGAUCUAAAUAAGUCGAAGCUAGGGAGUUACUAUACUUAUGAUACAUACAAGAUUAAUUCAUCACAGGAAAUAUCUCGAAGACUAUGCUACCUCAUUGAUAGCCAUAGGGACAUGGGGAGAGUAAUUGGGUUUGCUGAAACUGUGCAGGAGAUACCGUUAGUGGGUCAAACAUGGGCCAGUUUUAUUUGUGUUGGUGAUCUUUUGAUCAGGGCCCUAGCCCAUCUAAAUGCUCCAGAUACUUCUUUCUCGUAUGACGAACUAUGGAGAGGACUUCCAGAAGACAUACCACCAUGCCCACAAUGUAAACAAAAGAUGUUAAAAAAUACAUCAGCGUUACAGUACAGAUCACCGGCUUGGCCCUUGAGAUUGUUUUCCUUUUGUCGAAAAGUAACAAGAUAUUCUGCUACUGUACUUACUUUACACAGUUAUGUCUUCAAUCCGGUGAAGUGUCUAUUCAAAGUUGGGCUUUGGCAACUACGCACUCUGUUUUCAGAAGAACUGCUAAGAAAGAUUCUAAAUAUAUCCAAUACUAAAGCGUUAGAUGUGUAUGCAGAAACUUUAAAGGGCAUGCUUUCAAUCUCGACCGAAAAACAGCUUCAAAUUAUCGGAUUCCCUCUAUACCUUUUCACUUUUAAAGCUAAUGGUACAAUACCUCUAUUGUUGCGAAUAGUGUUCCCAUAUUUCUUCCUCAAGAACUGCGGAACUCAUAAACUCCUGGGUGAUUCCAUAAAGCUUCACGGUAUGCUAAUCGGAGUUUAUAAUCUCUUGAUUAGACCAGCAUUAAAUCAGAUUUACGGCAAUUGGAUACAAAAAUAUAAUCCAUAUUUCCUAUCAACGCAGGUGGCUCAAAAGAGUGUCACCAAACCCACUGUUUUCAAUCUAUUCCAAGAAGGUCUUGAAUAUUCAGAUGUUAUAAUAAAACCGCAGUGGUACGAUGCCCUCCUUGCUGCACUAGCUUGGCCAUUUUUGUGUAAAUAUUUGGGCCGAAAGCUUUUUAUUGCAUUCCCCAGGAUAAACUCAAUGCUAUUGAACAGGUAUCCUUACGCGUCACCAGAUGAUUGUGAGAUGGCACACAGCUUAAUUUGCAGUUUUGCCUUGUACGUCGGAUACGAAUUUGCAAAAGCAGGGAUGACUUACCUCAGACUGAAGGAAUUAAAAGAGAUCCAAAGAAUUGUAGAAGUUUCACCAACUCCUGAAACUGCUGUUGAGUGA